AUGAAUGCUACUUGUAAGGCCUUAGAACAAUAUAUUAAGAAGGAAAAAAAGCAUGAAAUUUCCAUCGGAAUGACAGUUUACAACAUUAGUUUUUAUAUUCCGAAUACGCCCCCUCAACUUCUUGAAAUUUCUCAAUAUCAAGUUCAGGAGGAAAUGUUGAAGUCAAGAGAUGAAGUAACUAAGUAG